GGGGAUUUGGUUAAAUGGAUUAACGGUAGAUUUACACUCUGCAUUUAGGUCCCAGACAUGAAAAUAAACCGUGCGUCGGGUAUAAAAGCCUCGAUGUUUAUGUGUUUCUCACAACUCUGAACCGGACCUUCCUGCUUCAGCUCUACACCUCAGAAUGGACUUCCAAAUGUUUGCCCUGGUGAUGCUGCUCCUGGCCGGUGUGGAGCGCAGCCUGGCCGACUGCGUGGUGGACAGCUUCACGGUCAAACAAGACUUUGACCCCCAAAGAUAUGCGGGGAAGUGGUACGCCCUGCAGAAAAAGGACCCGGAGGGUUUGUUCCUGCAGGACAACAUCUCUGCAGAGUACACUGUUGGAGAUGAUGGUGCCAUGGUGGCCUCAUCCAGAGGUAGAGUCACCCUCUUUGGGUUCUGGGUUGUGUGUGCCGACAUGGCCGCUCAGUACACAGUGCCUGACCCCGGCAGCCCAGGAAAGAUGUUCAUGAACUACCAGGGACUGGCCAGCUAUCUGUCCAGCGGAGGUGACAACUACUGGGUCAUUGACACCGACUACGACAACUACGCCAUCACCUACGCCUGCCGCACCCAGAAGGACGACGGCAGCUGCGAGGACGGCUACGCCCUGGUCUUCUCACGCAACCCUCGCGGCCUGCCCCCUCCCAUUCAGAGAAUCGUGCGCCAAAAACAGGAAGAAAUCUGCAUGGCGGGACAGUUCCAGCCUGUGCUGCAGACUGGCGCUUGCUAAACUCCUCGUCAGUAAGAUAGCAGGAGUGAAGUCAGCACUCCAAGAAGUGACUCAACUGGAACACCUCACUGCAUCAUUGAUCCAUGACAGAAAACACAUUUGUUUGCCAAGAUACAAAAACGUCAGUCUUUCAAGCCCAUUCUUCUACUGCUGCUAACAUGAAUGUAUGAAAUGUACAAAAGUCUCCCCCCAAACAGCAUCAUCAUUGUCACGCUGAUGGGCAACAUCUGUAUUGUGUCUUCCUGGUGGACCAGUGGCAAUAAAUUUUGUAAGGAAACACA